GCUUUUUUAUACACACACAGUUAAACUCUACCCAAUCCAUUCCUUCCCCACUCAUCAAAUCCAAAUUCUUUCCUUUUUUCCAAACCCUCCUAAAUUUUUGCAUCCCCAACAAUUUCAUGCAAAACAUAGUGUUAUCUUCUGUGUAGUCUAUGGAACAAACUAGAACCAUAACUCCAACAACAUCUUCAAAUCACAUUCCCUAAACCAUAUCCAUAUCCAUAUCCAAAUCCAAAUCGUUCAUGUGAUUAUAGGGUUACAGUUAACCGAUUCAUAAAUGUUGUUUACCUCCUCUUCUCACUCUGUAUUCUCUCGUCAAUCGUUUCUUCCAAUUAAGGGUUUUCUUCGUCCACCUAUACUUCGUCCUUUUCCCACCGCCACUAUUCGGAUCUCAAAUUCUCGUUUCAAUUCACCAAAUAAUAAGUUGAGUAUUCUGUGCUUUAGGCAUGAAGAGUAUCAUUCUUCAGAAACGCCGAAACCUGAGAUUAUAGACCAUUGUCUUCAUGAGGAAUUGGUGCAAUCUGAAUCCAAGGACCCUGUUGUCACCAAAAGGGACUUGAAGUCAGUCUUUUCGGAGGUUGCAAAUGAAGUAUUCAAUGGGAUUGGUAAACGAUGGGUCGUACCAUGGAGUGCAAUGACAAUAUUAAAAGUUAUGCUUCUCUGGACAUCAGCAUUUUGGUUUAUAGGAUCUUGGAUGAUCCCUUUUGCAGCUCAUAUAACCGGCUUUAGCAAGGAUUCUUUGACAUUUAGAGGACAGGCACUGUUUAGCCUUGUCACUGAUGUAACCGAAGGACUAGCCGGGAUUGCAAUUCUUGUCCGAUGUCUUUCACGGUUCCGUCCCCUUCCACCCGAUUGGUUCAAGUUUAGCCCGAAAGGGUAUUGGCAAUUAGACGUCAUCAUGGGAUGUCUCAUGUUUCCCCUUGUCAAUAGGCUAUCUCAGUUCAACCUUGACCUACUACCUAUCUUACCAUCUACACAAAUCACCCUUUCAAGCGUUGAACAAUCGAUAAAAGCAAGAGAUCCCGUGGCGAUGUUGCUGUACGCAAUUGUAGUAUCCGUCUGCGCUCCUGUAUGGGAGGAGAUAGUUUUCCGCGGCUUUCUACUCCCGUCUCUUACGAAAUACAUGCCUGUUUGGUGUGCGAUACUGGUAAGUUCGGUUGCAUUUGCGCUUGCACAUUUUAACAUACAGAGGAUGCUGCCACUUAUAUUUCUUGGGAUGGUGAUGGGUGUGAUAUUUACAAGGUCAAGGAAUUUAUUGCCAUCAAUGCUGUUGCAUAGUCUUUGGAAUGGCUUUGUCUUUUUAGAUUUGAUGAAAUAGCUUCUUCAAAGUUAAGAAGAUUCUUUAGUAGUAAUCAGGAGGUAGAGACUAUUAUUGUAGAUAGCAAUGGUUUGGAUCAGCAUAUUCAGUAGCAAAUGCAUUCUAGAACAGUACCUAAUUGUUAAGGUACAGUGACCAAUUGUAUGUGUAAUGGAUUCUUACAAUUGUAUAUUGUGAAAAUGAAAAUGAGGGACCUACUUUGUCUA